UUCUUCAGAUACACAAAGAUGAAGACAGCAACCAACAUCUACAUUUUCAAUCUGGCUAUGGCAGAUGCACUAGUUACCACCACUAUGCCUUUCCAAAGCACUGAGUACCUGAUGAACUCUUGGCCCUUUGGUGAUGUGCUGUGUAAAAUAGUUAUUUCAAUUGACUAUUAUAACAUGUUUACCAGCAUAUUCACACUGACUAUGAUGAGUGUUGAUCGAUACAUUGCUGUGUGUCACCCUGUGAAAGCUCUGGACUUCCGUACACCUCUUAAGGCAAAGAUAAUCAAUAUCUGUAUCUGGCUAUUGUCCUCAUCUGUUGGUAUAUCUGCGAUAGUUCUUGGAGGUACCAAAGUCAGGGAAGAUACUGCUAGCACUGAAUGCUCCUUGCAAUUUCCAGACAGAGAUUACGUGUGGUGGGACAUCUUCAUGAAAAUCUGUGUCUUUGUCUUUGCAUUUGUUAUUCCAGUUCUCAUCAUAAUUGUUUGCUAUACUUUGAUGAUCCUGCGCCUUAAAAGUGUACGGCUUCUCUCAGGGUCUCGAGAAAAAGAUCGAAACCUGCGUCGCAUCACCAGGUUGGUUCUUGUUGUUGUGGCAGUUUUUAUUAUCUGUUGGACUCCUAUUCACAUUUUUGUGCUGGUUGAAGCGUUAGGGGAUGUGUCUCACAGUACUGCUGCUAUAUCCAGCUAUUACUUUUGUAUUGCUUUGGGUUACACCAACAGCAGCCUCAAUCCUAUCCUUUAUGCUUUUUUGGAUGAAAACUUCAAGAGAUGUUUCAAGGACUUCUGCUUCCCCUUUAAGAUGAGGAUGGACAGGCAGAACACCAGCAGAGUCAGAAACACUGUGCAAGACCCAGCUUAUACGAGAGAAGCAGAUGGGACAAACAAACCUGUAUGACUAGUCGUGGAAAUGUCAUCUUACUGUCCUCAAGAGAGAGAAGAGUCCAACGACCUAGGACUGACACAGAUUACCACUGCAAUUUGAACUAGACUUAACUAGGCAGAUGUUUCUGGAAUAUUUCAGAAAUCCUAGUAAUAUGAACUAAAGCAAGUUUAUUAUUGACAAACAAGAACCUCCUGAAAAUAAGCUCAAAUGAAAAGGACCUGGCUGAUGGUCAGAUUUUGGCACCGUGUUUGUUGUACUUGAGCAGGUACCAAUACACACUUCUUGGGAGACAGGACAUAGUGUUGUACUGGCUGAUUCUGGAUAAGGAAAGUUCUGUUUUUUCUCUUUACAAUACAUAAGGUUAUAUACGCAAGAUUUGGUUGUAACACUGAGUUAUGCCAGAAACUUUUGUCCCAGCAGUGAUUGCUUCUGAACUAUGUAGUUUGACAACUUGAUUUGUCAUACUCUUUUACAGUGAAGAGUGUUUAGGUUUCUGCAAAACAAUGUGAGAGCUAUAAUCAAUAUUGUCCUCAACUACUAUAUCUGUAACAUUUGUCUGUGCUGUGGAAAUCAAAUUUAAGCAUGAUCUGCCUACACACCGAAGUAAUUUUGUAGUGUCUGUGUAUGGUAAAGUGUUUCGGCAUUUAAAAAUAUUGGGAUUUGAGGAGAAUAGUCAGUAUAUUUUUAGCAUGUGUUUAAUCACCUGUAUGUAAUGUUUUGUAUGUGUGAUUUUCCAAGAUGAUUGUAUAUUUAUUGGUUGUGAAUAAUACAAUAUGCCUUUUCAGAGUGUAUUUUGAACAAGAGGCUAGAAAACUUCAAAUACUUCACUUGUUACAGAACUGAUGGAAAACUGUGCCACAUUUAUUACAUGGGGGGAAAUAAUCACACUCCAUUUUCAGUAAAGGGGACAAAGUGACAUACUUAAAAAUAGUGCUGUACUUGUUUUCCUGGACAAUUUGUAAGCAGACUAAAAUAAAUAUUUGAUGAAAUAGAGACUAGUGAAUUAGCACAUGGAUUAACUGGAUUGAUACAAAGGAAAUUAAGAUUAAGUACACCAGAUGCUUUAAUGGC